AGCUGCUAAUCUGAAAGUAGUUGUGAAUAGACGGGUGGAGGCGAUCGGUGGGCACCCCUGCUCCCGGGCAGCGUGGAUAGAGGAGGAGGGGCGGGGGGCACCGGGGCUAUCACUCUCCAUAAAGACUCAGAGAAUAGUUUAUGGGAUAAGACGAGUUUUAUUUCCAGCACGGCCGCCGCACUCAGCAUCCCUCUCAGCGCUCCUCUUCCAUGUGGAUGCAGCAGCUGCAGGUUGGUAAGGAGAGGGGGCGGGGCGUCUGGAGGCCUCUGCCAAUCAGCCCCGGGGCUGGCUCCCGUUGCUAAUGGUAUCCACGUAAAUCACAAGGCAGGCAGCCAAUAGGAAGCGCGAGGGGGCGUGCCCAGGGACGCGUGCACAGGCUGCUGCAGGGGAGAGAGGGGCAGAGACACGCAGGAGAGGGAAGAGAGAGAGGGGCGCCUGGGGCGAGAGGAAGUAGCUGUCAAAUGCUCGGCUCCUUUAGGCAGGGCUAUCAGUCGGGCUCGGUGAGUCAUGGCGACCACAGCGUCUAACCACUACAACCUGCUGAGCUCCAGCUCGUCCAUCGUGCAUGCGGAGCCGGGUGGCAUGCAGCAGGCUGCGGGAUACAGGGAUGCACAGACUCUGGUGCAGAGCGAUUACACAUUGCAGAGCAACGGGCACCCCCUGAGCCACGCUCACCAGUGGAUUACUGCUCUGUCUCACGGGGAUGGGGCGCCCUGGUCCACUAGUCCCCUGGGCCAGCAGGACAUCAAGCCCACAGUGCAGCCCCGCAGGGAGGAGCUGCACAGCGCAGGGACUUUACAGCACCAGGGCAGUGGUCCUCACCUAGUGCACCAGGCACACGGGAACCACCACAGUGCAGGGGCAUGGAGGACCACCACUUCAGCCCACCUGCCCAGCAUGGCUUCCACCAACGGUCAGGGGCUCAUCUACUCCCAGCCAUCUUUCACGGUCAAUGGCAUGAUCAACCCGGGCUCCGGCCAAGGCAUGCACCACCACGGCCUGAGGGAUGCCCAUGAGGACCACCACGGCGACCAUGGCCACCAGCAGCAGUCCCAGCAGCAGCAGCAGCACUCUCAGCACCAGGGCCACCACGACCACUCAGACGAGGAUACCCCAACUUCAGACGACCUGGAGCAGUUUGCCAAGCAGUUCAAGCAGAGGAGAAUCAAACUAGGAUUUACCCAAGCUGACGUGGGACUGGCCCUGGGCACCCUGUAUGGCAAUGUCUUCUCCCAGACCACCAUCUGCAGGUUCGAGGCCCUGCAGCUGAGCUUUAAGAACAUGUGCAAGCUCAAGCCUUUGUUGAACAAGUGGCUGGAAGAGGCGGACUCGUCCUCUGGGAGUCCCACCAGUAUAGACAAGAUAGCAGCUCAGGGCAGGAAAAGGAAAAAGAGGACCUCCAUUGAGGUCAGUGUAAAGGGGGCUUUGGAAAGUCACUUCCUCAAGUGUCCCAAGCCCUCUGCCCAGGAGAUCACAUCCCUUGCGGACAGUCUACAGCUAGAGAAGGAGGUGGUCAGAGUUUGGUUUUGUAACAGGAGACAGAAAGAGAAAAGGAUGACUCCACCAGGAGGGACUCUUCCAGGGGCAGAGGAUGUAUAUGGGGCCAGCAGAGACACACCACCUCACCAUGGGGUGCAGACUCCUGUCCAAUGAAGCCUCCCCCACCCGACAGAUAGAACUUUUCAUUGUCCCUUUUUAUACUAGGAGAGAACAAAGCAGCUCCCUGGACUAUCAUACUUGGUAGCAGGUGUAGUAAUGUGUUAUUAUGACCUGUACAGGCGAUUGCCCAGGCAAUGGAGGAGAGUGAGUAUACACAAUAUAACGUGUCACAGGGGCUUAUGUACUGUAGAAUAAAGGAAGCCACCCAAGGUGACAAUGGUGACAGCAAGAGUUAGCUUUAUCCCUCCGAAUGAUGAUGAUUCUAACUGCUGUGUAUCUAAUGUGGAGCCCUAACUUACAAUAUUGACUUUAUGUACGAGUCGAAAUUUGCACUGUAAGGAAAUUGAAGUUUACAUGAACCAUUCAAUGAAGAUUCAUUCAUUCCUCCAGAACCCCAUAAAUAGACUAGUGGUCAGUAUACAGGGAGCAUUUGUUUGGGUAAAGACACAGACAUGUUACACAGUGCUCUCCUUUGUUUUCAGUUCUUAUGUGUUUGUGGACGUUUGUUAUAAAAGUUGUGUUUUCAAUUUUGUGUUCUUCUUAUUUACACCCCCACCCUACCCCCCUUCCAAAACAGGUAGCUUCCAUGACAUACCCCAGAAAGCAGGGCCAUAGACUACAUCUCUCUCAUGUAUGCCUAUAUUGGGGGUAUCCUGUACCUUAAAUACUGUCAGCCAGCCUUAUGCCCAGUCAGUGUACAGGCACAGAAUAUAGAUGGAAUAGGAAAAGAAAAUCAAUGUAUCCUCUGAUUGCUUCAUUUUACCAAAGAGGCCUGAGGUCCUGAGGAAGAAAAGGUUAAGUGUAUCCAGAAUAAUUGCACCAGAGAAUUGGGGUUUUGGAUCAGAUCACAAUACAUUCAGCCAUGAGGUGGAUAAGCUCUGUUUGGUUCUGGUAAUAUUUAUACCAGAACAGUGUCCAGGCCAAAAUACCCCUCUAUUUUCCCAUAGCAGUCAUAUUAUGUCAUUGUAUUAUUUGCCAUUUUAUUUAGACCCGACACUUGUUCCCCUCUUCCCAGCCUGAUCUGAUUUUUGCUUAGCAUUUUAUUUCCAGCAGAUGUGAGACUUAGAAGGCCCUUGCUUUCAUCUAUUGUGGGAAAGGGACCAGGGGGACAAAGGAUCUACCCAUUUCAAUUUCUAUUCAGUGCGUUGUCUAUACGCUGAAUUCUUGGACAUUAUCUUGGAGGUAAACCGCUAGCCCUAACAAAGGCUUUGGUGGCCAGAAAUGAGACUUCAUUCCCUAGCCUAGUAAAAAAAAUAAAAAAUAAAUAAAUAAAUAAAAAGUUGCAUAGGACAAGAAGAGUAAAAGAACAUAUAGGAACAUGGCAGCCUGAAUGUGGCUCAGAUCCAUCCCACAGUUAUGUAUUGCACUGGGGGCAUUGGGUUGCUAUCCAGCUAGGAAAGUGUUAACUUGACAAAAAAAAAACUUCAUUGAAGUGUUCCAUGUUUAAACAGGAAUAUGGGGCAUCCUCGGCUCUUUAGGGUGUUGUGGGAGUGGGCAUCCCUCUACCAACUCAUGAUCUACUGUACAGCUUUGUAAAUAUGUUGAAAUGUGUCUUAUAAAUGCAGAAAUAGUUUAAGCGUUAA